AUGCCCGAGCACCUCGACCCAAACGCUCUCUUCGGCCACGAUACAGAAGAAAACGAUGAGAUCCGGACCCUCAGUCGAUCACCCCAUCCCUACCACCACCUCAACACUGAGCUCCCUCACCCCGCCCAUCGCCUAGUGUACCGCCCGGCCAAUGCAACGCCGACGCCGCCGAGGACCUCGUCAGCAGAUUCGAGCCGAACCCCGUCUCCUUUCCCCUCCUUCACCAAGGACUCUUCGCAGGGGAGCGAUAGCGGUACUGAAGCCGACGAUGAGCAUUUCUUAAAGGGGCUUCCGGCACCCAAGGUGCGUCUGCAUAAGGGGUUGAGGGGGCGCAACGAAGUGCUUUCGGGCGCAUCCACACCCUUGUUCUCUCCAGACCAGGAGGAGGAUGCCCUCCAAAGACGUAAGGAAAAGGAAGACCGGAAAGAAGCCCGCAGAUUCCUCAACGACCGCAAUUACCGGCGCACAAAGGAGCUCAUUCGCCGCGUAUCCGAGUUCGUCAUUGUUGGCUCCCUUUUUGCCGUCGUUCGUUCCAAUCCUACGGUGAGGCCCAUCUUCUCCGCCUGGAGUCGAGAAUUGCGCUUCCCAGCCGCGUUGAUCACGUCUCUUAUGAUCCUCUACCCACUCCGACUGAUCGCGUGGUCGACCCGCCACCAAACCUCGUCCAAGAAGUCGCCAAUCGCCGUACCUACCAUCUUCGAUCCCGCGCCUAUUUUAUAUCCGCCUUCCGUGACGCUACUGCUGUCACUCCUAAUAUCCCCCGACAAUCAGGCCGUCAUCCUCCCAAACAUCGUUCUCAGCAUUUCAUCGAUACCCAAAUAUUUAAUUCCUACGGCAGACGCUUACGAAGCAAUCAACCCUCUUCAAUGGAUAUUCUCAUGCCUACCAGUGUUGAUGUCCCACCAGACGACAUCUCCAUCGCACGCAAGACCGGCCAUCUCCCCAGAGACUGCCGUCCUUCUCUAUCCGCUACAUCAGACUCUACUCUUAGUGUUGCAUUACCUUACGACGACGAGCUUGCUUACAGCCGAGCUACAACUAUUGUCCAUUGCCCUGAUCAAUGUACUGCUACUCGCACACUCGCCCCAAGCAACCAUUCUCCAAGCACUCCUAUGGGGAGGCGGCGUCGGCGUCCUCGUCAUCUGUGGACCCGUUAUUCGAUGGGGAAUCGCCUUGGCUAGGGUUCCGAGGCUACGAUUCAAGCGGGUUGUAACCCCUUCGAAAAAAUCGUCCGUCUUUGGAUUCCUCUCCGAAGGCUUGUCCAUACGCCGCUUCAAGCAUGAACUGCUGGGUUCGUCGCUGGAGGAGUCUGCUUCGGAGCUGGGCGACUCCGAGGACGAGAUCGUGAACGGGCCGCUCUCAAAUGUGAUGAGAGUCAGGACGUUCGGCAUGGCCGACAUGCCAUCCCAAGCAGACCGUAAGCCGGACGGCUCUUGGAGCAAGUCUCCAGAAUCGCCAGACGGCACCACCGUUGGGCGACGCAAUACCUUCCCUUACACCCUACAGCGGCCUCGGCCUCGGCGAUCCCUGACCCACACAUCGGCGGGUCGCAGGAAGCGCACCGCUUCGACCACCGUCCGCUCGUUCUUCAAACUGACCGAGGCACAAGCCACCGUGAGAAAAUGGACGUACGCAACCUAUGUCUACAUCUGCAUCGUCGCCAUCAUUCUUGUGCCCGUGCGAGAGUACAUCGGCAGAUUUGCCCUGAUGGGCAACGAACCCGUCGGGUGGGCGCUGGGAUACCUCUUUGGUGAGCUGCCGCGGUUCAGAUUCAAAGUCGUUGAAGCGAACCUCGAGAGGUGGAUUUGCUUGCCCACGCGCCUAGAUGAAGGCGCAAAGGUGGCCUGCCAUCUCGGCUGGGUGCAGCGCAUCCGGCUCUCCGACUUUGGCGAGGCGAACACGCGACUGCUGAUGAGCGCCUAUUGGCUUGCCAUAGUUGUCGUCGGCUUAACUGUGGUCAUCCGCCUUGACCCGAAGUACGAAGUGGACACGAGGCGAAAGGUGUUCCACUUCAUGAUGGUUGGCAUGUUCCUACCGGCGACCUACAUCGACCCUGUUUUCGCCGCCCUGGCGCUGUCCCUGGUCCUCGCAAUUUUCCUUAUCCUCGACCUCCUGCGAGCGAGUCAGCUACCGCCCCUGUCGAGACCCAUUGCCUCUUUCCUCACUCCCUACGUCGACGGAAGAGACCACAAAGGCCCCGUCGUCAUUUCGCAUCUGUUCCUCCUGAUCGGCUGCGCCAUCCCGCUUUGGCUGUCCCUGGCAACCCUUCCGCGUACCGGCAGCGGCUACCUGACCGGCUGGGAGGUACCGACGCGUGAGGUGAGCAUGGUGGCGGGUGUCAUCUGCGUUGGUUUAGGCGAUGCAGCCGCAUCCCUUAUCGGCCGCCGCUACGGACAUCGUAAGUGGGUCUGGGGCGGUGGAAAGAGUCUCGAGGGCAGCGUGGCCUUUGCCAUGGCGGUCUUCCUCGGUCUCAUGGCGGCGACGACGUGGUUGAGGGUCGGGGGCUGGCCAGUCGCCGACGAGCAGCAUGUGACCUGGCCCGCGGCCGCUCGCAACGCUGGUUUUUGCGCCAGCAUCGCCAGCUUGACGGAGGCCGUCCUGACCGGCGGAAACGAUAACGUUAUCGUGCCGGUGGUGCUCUGGACGUGUGUCAAAAGCAUCGGGGUAUAG